UCACCAAAUAAAUUUCUGUUUUAGAUGGCCAAACUAGUGGAGUGCUUCUCCAACCAUGUUUUCCUGGCUUCCAACCCAGUAGACGUCGUAUGGGGAGAACACACAGUUCUGACGUCAGAGUUCUCCUGCAUGGAAGAUCUGGUCAAGAGAGGAUAUUGGAAGUACUACAUCAACCUAACAGGCGAAGAAUUCCCACUGCUUACAAACAUGGAACUGGUCUACAUUCUUAGCAAACUUCACGGAUCCAACUUGAUCUCACGGAGUUUGACAUUUCCUGAGCGACUGCCUCAGACCUUACCACGGAACUUGACUAAGUACAAGGGAUCGGCUCACUGGCUGCUCAACUUCGAAGCGGUCAAGUUUGCACUUGAACAACCUAUAGCGCAGGCCUUGAAUGCAUCUUUGACUCCUUAUUUUGCAACAGAAGAAUCCUUCUUUCAAAUUCUCAACUUCAACCCACAGGUCAAUUUUCCUGGCGGAUGGCGUAAAAAUGUUUCCGAUGAGUCCUACAGUGACCCCGGCAUCAGCAGACAUAAAGAAUGGCUGACACAUUCAUAUAAUUGCGCAAGCGGUCGAAAACAAAGAAAUUUAUGCAUGCUUGGUAUAAAUCAAGUUCCCGUUUUGACUCGGAAGUCUUACGGACGCAAAUUGGUGGCCAACAAAUUUCCAUGGAAUUUCCAGCCUCUGGCUUGGGACUGUAUGGUUGUAUGGCAUAUGCAACGAGUUCUGAAUGAGUUUGAAACUGGAAAAAUUGCUCACGAUUUCAAGUAUAUAAUCGAAAAUCACUAUUUUAAAUCUGCAAGAAAAGUUGUUGGAUUUUAGUUUUCGUAACUAUUCUGUUUCUCAGUUCUUGUUUCAAACGCGUGUGAAAAGCGUGUAUUAUG